CAUCGUGUCUGCAGAGAAGCCAACAACAUCCUGGUCUGCCACCUCCCCAUCGUACUCGCUCCAAAUGGCCAUCACAGACUUUCUGGCUGUAUCGGACAUCACCUCAGCCAUCAACGCUUGUAAAGCCAAUGACUCCUUCAGCCCCAAGACGUUCUUUGCGACAGUGGGUUUGUCCAAGAAGUCUCCUCCAGAGAUCGAGAAAGUGUUUAAGGUCUUAGACCAAGACAAGAGUGGCUUCAUUGAGCAGGAUGAACUCCAGCUCUUCCUGCAGAACUUCUCUAAGGCAGCGCGGCCCCUGACCGCGGCAGAGACCCGUGCGUUUCUCCUGGCCGCGGAUAUGGACGGAGACGGCAAGAUCGGCUGGGAAGAAUUCUCUGCCCUUGUGAAGGCUUCAUGAAGGCCCUUGAGGAACAUCCCUAAUCCCAUUCAUGACGGAGUCUGUCUCAACGGUGUUUAGUUUGAGGAUGUGUAGUACGAUCCCUGUGAAGGCAAUGCCACAGGGCUACGCCUAAGCCUUGUCCAACGUGGUGUGACUAGUUCUGAUAUUCUGAAAAUCUAAUACUGUAAACAAAUAUAAAAUAAACAGUGGUUGGAUUAACCCUUGCCAUGGACUGCAGCUGUCUUUGCGUGAUGGAAACAUUUAUAAAUAAGUGUUUGUUUUCCGCUAAAUAUUAAACCACCUGUCUUGAAACUCCA